AUGUCUCAGAACUGUGCAACUGUAUAGGAACACACCACGAGCCAACCUCUAGACAAAGAUUUGACACGUUCAGUGUAUGCAACAAAACACAAACUCAAACCCCGAUCGAAUAGAAAAAAUAUCAUUCGACACUGUAAGACAAAAGACGAGAAAUGCAACAUAUGCAGCAAAACCUUGAUCCCCAGGAAGGGACCUCGUCGGCCGCUGUUCACCCUAAGCAGCAAAACCCAAACCCAAGAGGGAAAAACAAGGCACCAAAUGGAGGGACUCCAUCUGAUGCUGCCAAACAAAAGGGUGCAAACAAGAAGAAGAUGCAGAAAAAUGCAAACCCAAACCCCAGAGCCAAAAACCCUGGACCCAAUCGAGGGCCUUGGCCACAUCAGCCCAAUGCCCACUUUAAACCCAAUAAUGGGCCUGGGCAACAUUGGCAAAAUCCACGGUUUGUGCCAAAACAAGGGCCUGUGCCACAUCAGCCCAAUGCCCACUUUAAACCCAAUAAUGGGCCUGGGCAACAUUGGCAAAAUCCAUGGUUUGUGCCAAAACAAGGGCCUGUGCCACAUCAGCCCCAUCCUGACCAUAACACCAACGAUGGGCCAUCUCAGCCACAGCCUCACUUAACACCAAAUGAUGGCAGUCGUCCAUACAAUGAGACUGAUGAACUGGGUGCGUUGAGAUUCCACCUGCAGGAGGCUCAGAACAUGUGCAAAACCAAUCUAUACAAAAUGACAGCUGCAAACCACAAAGCUGCUGCAGCUAAAACUCAGAAUGAUUGGGUUCGCUUUCAGCUACAGUGCUGCAGAGGAAACGCUCAAAAAACCAUCCUUGAGCUCCAAAAACAGCUGGAAGAGUCUCGUAGAAAGACACCCGAGGAGAACUUCACCCCUGAGGUGAGUGAGGCUCCUGCUGAAGACAGCAACACAGCUGUCACAGCUGCAGAGCUGAGUGUGGACGCUUCAACACAAACUGCAGAAGCUCCACACACAGACUCUACAGAUGUGAAAACCGAUCGAGAAGCUGAGUUGGAGAUCCAGUGCAAAAACCAGCAAGAAGAGAUCAAACAACUCCGUGAGCAGCUCCUCAAAACUCAAAAGAAUCUAGAAGAGGAAGCUGCAAAGCGUGAACAUCAGGAACAAAGAGCCAACUGUGAGCUCGCUGAGCUGAAAGACAAACUCAGCACCAGUGAGGCUCUUUGUGAAAAAAAUGAUUUGAAGGCACAAAACUUAAAAGAAGAGCUGGAGAAAACCAAAGCUUCCCACCUGGAAAUCGUGGAGAAGCAAAACCUGGGGAACACAACAAUCUGCAACCAACUCAGGCAAACAGAAGAAGAAAAGAUCUCACUUCUGGAGUUUUUGCAGUAUCUGCAAGAGACAAUGGAAAAGCAAGAAGACCAGUCCAAUGUUGCCCGAGAAGACAAAGUGCCAAAAGAAAAACCAAAAAAGAAAAAGAAGCGCAGUUGGUUUUGGAGACUAUUCACUUAAGUGACUUCCACUCCGUCUCCUAUAAAAUCACAGUAAUAUACAACUAAAUAUUAACAGGCACUUCCAGUGCCUAAACAUCCAUUUAAAAGCAUAUUUGCUUUAAUAUUUAGUUGUGUAUAACUUUGUCAUCGGUUCCACCACCCCCCAACCGGUCGCGGCAGAUGGCCGCCCCUCCCUGAGCCUGGUUCUGUCGGAGGUUUCUACCUUUUGAAAGGUAGUUUUU